UCCUCCCCCAGGAGUGCUCGGGACCUUCGACAACGCCCUGGUGGUCGCCAUGUUCAUCAAGUUCCGAGUGCUGCUUACCCCGUCCAAUCUUCUGCUUCUGAACCUGUGCAUAACCGACCUCGGCAUCUGUCUGCUGGGUGGCUUUGCUUUCAGUGGCGUGUCUUCCCUGGCUGGAAGAUGGCUGUAUGGAGAUUUCGGGUGCCAAUAUUACGCCUUCAUGGGUUUCCUGAUGGGUGUUGCCAACCUCACGACCCUCCUCAUGAUCGCCCUGGACCGCUACCUCGUCACCUGCAGGCAUGAUUUACGAGGAAAACUGACCUACCGUCGUUACUACCAGAUGAUCGCCUUCAUCUGGGUGUGGGCGCUGUUCUGGGCCGUCUGCCCGCUGCUCGGCUGGGCAAGCUAUGGCUACGAACCCUCCGUCACGACCUGCACCAUCAACUGGCAGCAGAACGACACCAGCUACAAGUGGUAUAUCAUGACGAUAACGGUGCUGGCUUACUUCGUCCCGCUCUGCCUCAUGUGUUCCUGUUACUACCAAGCCGCCAAGUUCCUUCACCGGGCGCACGAGACAGGGGAUGCAGUGUAUUCGUACGACUGGGCCAGCGAGCGGAAUGUGACUAAGAUGGGCGGAGUUCUGGUCAUGACAUACCUAUUCUGCUGGUCCGCCUACGCUGUGGUCUGCGUCUGGACGGUGUUCCGGCAUCCGUAUACUGUUCCUCUCAUUCUUACACUUCUGCCUCCCCUUAUGGCUAAGGCGUCCCCCGUGCUCAACCCCAUCAUCUACUUCUACUCUCACCCGCGCUUGAAGAAGGGGAUGAUUGCCACGCUGACCUGCUGCUUCAAGGAACCGCCUCCCGAGCUGCUGGAAUUGCCUGAGACCAAGAGUAUGACGGAGAACAAGUGACAGAUCCACGGCCAGGUCCAACGCCAUUACUACUGCCAAGAGGAGUACCAACAGCAGCAUCCUCUUCACCAUCUGCAGCAUCAUUAUCAGAACCAUCUGCCGCAGUCU